GUCAAAGCUUAAAGAGAAACUGCGCCUGCGCACCUCGCCGCGGUUUGGGGAGGGGGGCUGGAGCUUGGAGGCACCGCACCUGUGCAGAGAGGACUCGCGGACUGCUGUCUUCUGUGUUCCGUGUUCCGCGCUCCCAUCAAGGGGGUAUAUCUUCAUGAAUAACUUAAAUGACCCUCCAAAUUGGAAUAUCCGGCCUAAUUCCAGGGACGAUGGGGGUGAUGGAAGCAAAUGGAAUUAUGCCCUGUUGGUUCCCAUGCUGGGAUUGGCUGCUUUUCGUUGGAUUUGGUCUAGAGAGGCCCAGAAGGAAAUAGAAAAAGAGAGAGAAGCAUACCGUCAGAGAACGGCUGCUUUCCAGCGGGAUCUGGAAGCCAAGUACCAUGCCAUGAUCUCGGAAAACCGGCGUGCCGUGGCUCAGUUGUCUUUGGAACUUGAAAAGGAGCAAAACAGAACGACUAGUUAUCGAGAAGCCCUGAUUGCCCAGGGACGCAAGUUGAUGGAAGAAAAGAAGCUUCUGGAACAGGAACGGGCUCAGGUCAUGCAGGAAAAGAGACAGCUGCAGCCCUUGAGAAGUGCAUAUCUGAGCUGCCUGGAAAAGGAGGAAGACUGGCAGAGGAGGGCCCGGCUCCUGCUGAAAGAGUUCGAAAGCGCUCUUUCAGAAAGACAGAGUAUCUACUGUAGCUUGGUUCUCCCGCGCCGCAAGCGGCUGGAAAUCGAGAAGAACUUACUGGUCCGAGCAGCCACCGACCCCAUUGCUGCAGACCUAGAAAUGUCAGCUGGCUUGGUCGACAUAUUUAAGCAUGAUACCUAUUGUGGUGAGGUCUGGAACACCAACAAACGCCAAAAUGGGAGACUCAUGUGGCUGUAUCUCAAAUAUUGGGAACUAAUUGUGGAAAUGAAAAAGUUGAAGAAAGUAGAGAAAGCCAUAUUAGAAGAGUAAGACAAGAAUGAAAUAAGACUUCUUGUAAGGACUCAAGGUCAGACUGUCUUUGUGGCAUUCUGGGUUAUCCAGUGUUUUCUUUCUUCCUUCUUCCUGUUACCUGUGUUACCUGUGUCGUGGCCACAUGCACAGAGUGUCCUUCUAGCCUGCCACCCCCUGCGUGGGACCGCAGCCCUCAGCAGACAUAGGGCAUCCUCCCUGGUCCUCUGCAGUUACUAAGGAAGCUGUUUCUCAGAAGUGUUUUUUUAAGCUGUUAGCAUUUUAUUAAGCAGAGAGUAUAACCUCAUAUCUUAGCUCUAGAGUAAAACUGUUUUUUAAGAAAGUGAAAUACAGUAGUGAUCCUCACUAUAAGAAAUUUCCUGUCUGGUGUUAUCACUAUCUAAAUAACUUCUGUCUUUUCCACAAAUGAUUUUUCUUUCUUCUAAAAUCACAUUAGGGAGCCAUCAUGUAAUGGAUAGAACUCCCUACUGCCAGGUGAUGGAUAGAACUGCCUAACAAAUGACAGUUGGGAAGUAGUAAUAUUAUCAAGGUUUUUGUAUUGUUUUAAACAUUUCUCCCACCAAAGGGAAAAGGGGUUUCUUGUAUCCACUGGAUUCCCUGGUGAGUGUUUGGAAUUUGGCUUGUGUCUGUAUUUAGCAAACAGAUAUUGUUGAUUACUGAUGACAUAUAAUAAAAAGAAACCUGCAAUUUCAAAGCUACCU